AGCCUCAAAACGAUGGCCGGAUCGACUGAAAUUCAAUUUAGACAAUAUAGGCCUUCGAAACUUGGGGCCUGGAACUGAACACUAAAAGGAAGCUUUUAACGCGGGAAGGGUAGAAAUCAAAAAAAUUUCUAACGCGAUAUAUUGAUCUGAGCUCAUUAUAUUUAUAGUUUAUUUUACAGCAGAUACUGAUAUUACUGGAAUUAUGUGGAUAGAACGACAAAUUAAACUUAAAGACAAAUUAAAAAAAAAAAAACGUUUUGGGAAGAAAAGCAUUGGUUUCCUUACCCUACCCUGCUAAAAUAACGAUUUUGAUAUCCUUGCUUUCUCCCGAGCGUGACCAAAUUAUUUAUGCGUGUAAAGGUAGUGCGAAGGAACUAUCAACUCACAAUUGCCCAGGAAAUAUUUCUUUUCUUUCAGACUGAAAAGAUUUGUGCCAUAAGUGACACUGGCGCUGCAUAAGGAAUUAAGUUGUCUGAUGGAAUUUAACGCGCAAAUGCUCCAGUGAGCCGCAUUGGCGACAUGUUUACUCGUUGUCAUGAAACGGAGCACGAAGACGUGAACUCAGUCCUCAAGAAUGCAUGUUAAAUUCAAGUAUGGAUGAGUAAACUUUAACGAACACUACACCAACGCAGAUGUAAGAAUUCCAAGGGACAGGACAGCUGCAAAUUUAACAUGAGUAGAAGUCAAUCGUGGAAGAAUCUAGGGUCUGAAGGCGAGAAAGCGGUUGAUCUCAGGCGAGCGAGUUCACAACCACUGUAUACACCACAAACUACGGCAAGUGAGUCGAGUUUUGCGGCUUCAAAUGCAUCUUUUAAGUCAGGUAUGGAGGAUAUGCGAAGAAGGAUUGUUCAUCUUAACAAGGAAUUGGAACAGGAGAGACAACACUCUAAGAAUCUCAAGAGAGACAAGGUAUUAGAGAUCAGGCAAGUUCGGGACGAAGAGCAGAAGAAAGCAUCGGCAAUGCAAGCGGAUUUGAGGUCAAAAUUACACAAGGAAAAGAUGAAUGAACUUACGUCCUUGAGAGAACAGUUGCACAAGGAAAAGGAGAAGGAAAUUAUGCAGAUAAUAAGACAAAAGGAUGAAAUCUUAAGAAGUGCUCAGCAGGCUUGGGCAAAGGAAAAAGACGACCUGAAAUCGAAGGUCCGAAACGAACUUCGAGGCGAAGCCCGCGAAGAUACGAAACGGGAAUUUGAAAAGGAGCGCGGGAGAUUAGAACAGGAGAUCGCGGAUCUUGAUCGACAGAAACGGGAGCUAGAAGAAACAUUAAAACUUGUUCAAGGUGCUGAUAAAAGAAAAAUCGACGAUAUUCGAAGAAUACAGCACGAACAUGAGGCAGAACUUGAGAAAUUUAAAAGAAAUUCGUGGCAAGAGAGCAGACAACAGAUGGCUGAAAUUCGUCAGUUGCUGAACAUUAUUGAGCAGCUUGAAAAGAAACUUGGUUUAGAAGCUGGGCACUCAAUGAGGUUACGCCUGGAGAAAGACAGUUUACAUGACAUGCUAAAAAAAUCAUCAACAUUUGAUGCUUGGGAUAGAAUGAUGUCAUCUGGAAAGAGUGACUCAGGCCAGGCAACCCUAGCAGGGAUUCCCGACUCAAAGGGUGGCAGUCAAGAAUUAAGGAUGCUGCAGAGAAAGAAUGUGGAGCUCAGCUCUUUGGUUCGUAAGCUGGACGAAAAGAAUCAACAGCUGGCAACAAGAAAUGCAGAACUGCUGGCUGAGUUAGAAAAACUUGAAAAGGACAGCAGAGAUAAGAACAGGAAGCUUGAGAGAAAGAAUGCUGAUUUAUCACAAACCAACAGGAGGCUUGAAAGCCGGAAUAAACUGUUGCUGGAUGAAGUCAACUCUCAGAAAAAAAGCUUAACAGGAAGAAAGGAGAACUCUGUGAAACCAAGAGGGAAGGCAAGCAAGGAGCAGGAUGACCUUGGCAACCUGAAGGCCCAGAUGAGAGAACAAACCAGGACCAUUGCCGAUCUAAAGCAAAGCUUGAUGGAAAAAGACAGAAGGAUUGAACUUUUGAGGGGGAGAAAGAAAAAGAGCAAACAGCAACCAGCCAGCCCAACUUCACUAUCUGCAGAAUUUCUUCCAGUGACUGAUGAUGAUAGGAUGUCUGUUCAUUCCGACUUUAGUGAAGCUUCAGAAAUGUCAUCCAGUGAUGAUGUUGACAGCAAAAGAAUAAAGAAGCUAGCCAAAGAGUUGUUAGCUUUGGAACGAGCCUAUGCACUCCUGCAAGCUCAUGUUGGCAGUGCAGUGGAUGCUGAGAGAGAUGAAAUGGAGAAACAACAGCUUCAAUCAGACUUACUUGAGAGCCAAGCAAGAAUUCAUGAGCUUGAGAGAAUGAUGAAUAAUAGUGGACAGGUUACUGGCUCAGAGGAUAUGUCUCAACUCCAAGCAGAUAACAAGGAUUUAUAUCAGAAGUUGAUCUCAGCAGAGAAAGCUCGAGAUGAAGCACAAGGUGAACUGGCCAAGUAUAAUGAGGACAUGCGAGAGCUACAGGAUCAAAGAGAUUUGCUGGAGUUUGAACUGGAAGAAAUGUCACAGUUGUCUACUGCAGGAUCAGAAGACUGGGAUUCCAGAAGGUCCAGAAGCAAUGAUUUUGAAAUAUCUCCGUCUCCAAGAAUGAUGGACAACGGUUCUGCUGUUCUAUCGCUGGAAGAAAUCAAAGCUUGUCUAGAAGAAUUAGAAACAGAGAAGGAAAAUGUGUUGUCUCCAGUACAACAAAGUGCUCUGAAGCAAGCCAGGGCGAUGUUAGAAUCAAUGGCUGAGAAAAUCAAUCACAUGGAAAUCACGGAGUCUGCAUUAAGGGACAAAGUCCGGGACUUGGACCUGGGUUACAACAGCGAGUCCCUGAAGUCUGAGUUCGAUGAGUCCAGAAGCUUAUCAGUGUUCACUUGCGACCAAGAGACGCUCACAGAUCUUCAGUGGAGCGAGCUUGAUGAAAUAGAAAGCUACAGAGACCAGCGGCUAGAAGCGACGGAUCACCUUAAGCAUGCGCAUCUAAGAGUCCCAACAGAAGACACGUGUUGUAUGACGGACCUGAUCUGGGAGGACUUGGUUAGUAUGGAAAAUAUGUAUAGGAAAUACCUGAAUGGCUUUCCAGAGGGACCCGGGGGAAAUGGCGGCCUGUUCGAUCUGGAAAAGGAUGAUAAAGAAUGCAUGACUGAUCUUGUUUGGCAAGAUUUGGUAGAAUUGGAGGAAACACACAGAAACAUUCUUGCGGAAUUGUCACCGGCCGAAUUUACGGUUGGAAAAAGUAAAGGUGAGGUAGAAAAAGUAGAUAAUGAAACAAUGACAGAGCUUGAUCGCGGAGAGCUUGACGAAUUAGAAAGUAACUAUCAAACAUAUCGUGAAGAAACACCAGUAAUAAAAUCCAGAGAUGACAGAGAAACGAUUACAGAGAUAGUUUGGGAAGAACUUGUUCAAAAGGCAAAUAAUGACAUAUAUCUGUCUUUAAGCAAUGAGUUUAAACAAAAGGCGAAGGAAAUGGAAAGUCGUAAGAGCGAAGUAGGUAUUAUGACCGAGCUUGCUUUGUCAGAACUUGCCGAGAUGGAAAGUAAAUACUUUGAGUGUAUUGAGAACGCUCGUGAACCUGAAUCAAAAUUUAAUUCAGAGAAGGAAGAGGUUAUGCUUUCUUCAGUUGAUCUUGUGGAGACUUUACCUGAAAUUGUGCUGGACACAUUCCCAGAAGACUUUACUUGUACAAAAGAUCAGUGCGAGAUGACGGAACUGAAAUGGGAUGACAUUGUCAACUUGGAAGACAAGUGCUGUAGUUAUGAACGUAAUAUCGAGCAACUGGAAAGUAAACUUGCGCUGAUUGCAGUUGACAAGGACGAAAAGUGCAGCUGCACUGAAAUUUCUUUCACGGAGCUGGCUUGGAAUGAUAUAAUCAACUUACAAGGCAAAUGUUCAGGCUACGAACGUCAUAUCAAAGACUUGGAAGAGAAGAUUGCUCUCCUUGAAGUUCAGAAGGACGAAAAGGGUAGUUCUACUGACAUUUCUUUGCAAGACCUCGUCAAUGCCAAGUUCAACGUUGAGAUGAAAGAAGCUGAAACCAUGACAGAUGCACCAGAGUUCGCAGACAACGAAGGUUUACCACAGAUCGUGUUAGAAACCUAUCCGGGAAUGACAGAGACCAAAGAUGAGUGUGACAUGACUGAGGGUGUGUGGGAAGAAGUUGAGGACCUUGAGAACACCUACAGAGAUUACAGGGAGAACCUGGAGGAGAUGAAAAACAAACUAGCUCAAUUUGAAGUGGAGAAAGACGACAAGGAGAGCAUUACAGAUAUAGCCAUGCAGGAUAUCGCAGACUUGGAAAGCUUGUACAAGGAUCAUCUUCAUGAAGUGGAUUCUGAUUCAAAUUCUCUUCUGAGUCAUGCUGAGAAGGAGUCCAAAGAGUGCAUGACAGACCUAACUUUUGUUGAACUUUCAGAGCUUGAAGAUUUCUACAUCGAGAAUGCAGCCCGUGUGAUGGAAUCAGCACCUGUAGUGGAAAAAUGGGAACAAGAAAGCAUGACUGAUGUUACCUUGGAUGACAUGCAAUACUUGGUGGAAGUUGAAGAGCUUUAUCGGCAAAAGGCUGGUAGUGAUGGAGAGGAUGCGGCAAAAGACGAAAAAUGCACGGGAACAGAUCUGACAAUUCUUGAUGUAGGCCAUUUGCAAGAAGUGGAAGAUGUCUACCUUAGGUCUAGCAUGAAAAAAGAAGCAACGACAGAGACCGCUGACAAAGGUACCGCAACAGAUUUAACUAUUCCCGACCUUGAUCUUCUAGAAGAAACAGGAGAACUUCAUCAAAGUUGUCCCGUACAAGGAUUUGAUGCCCUUCACAAAGAAGACAGAUGUGUGGCUACAGAGUUGACUGUUGAAGAUCUGAAAUACUGGGAGGAUGUGGAAGCAGCCCACGAGGAGUGUCUGCUUGACAGGGAAGAAGAGAAAAUGAAAGGUGGAGUGGAGAGCGAGGAAAAGCAAGAUGUAGAAGUCAUGACAGAAUUCACGAUGAUGGAUUUGCAAUAUUUGGAGGAGGUUGACGCCGCACAUGAAGAAUGUCUACAAGACAGAGAAGAAGAACUUGAAAGGGGAAGGAAUGAUGUGGAAAAGCAAAGUGUGGAGAUAAUGACAGAUUUGACCGUAUCUGAUCUUAAAUACUUGGAAGAUGUUGAAGCUGCUCACGAAGAGUGCAUUGUUAAUAAACAAGACGAGUUAGAAGCCCGGAGUGCGGAGAAGCAAGAUGCUGAAGCUAUGACGGAAUUUACUGCGUCAGACUUGCAAUACUUGGAAGACGUUGACGCCGCUCACGAGGAGUGUAUUGCUGAUAAACAAGAGGAGCUGGAAGCGAAAGGGUUUGGGGUGGAGAAGGAAAGUGUAGAAGCUAUGACAGAUUUAACCGUGUCACAUCUUCAGUACUUGGAAGAAGUUGAAGCAGCUCACGAAGAAUGUAUUGCUGAUAAACAAGAGGAGCUGGAAACGAGAGGGUUUGGACUGGAGAGGGAAAGUGUAGAAGUUAUGACAGAUUUAACCGUGUCAGAUCUUCAGUACUUGCAAGACGUAGAAGCAGCUCACGAGGAAUGCAUUGCUGAUAAACAAGAGGAGCUAGAAGCGAGAGGGUUUGGAUUGGGGAGGGAAAGUGUAGAAGUUAUGACAGAUUUAACUGUGUCAGAUCUUCAGUACUUGCAAGACGUGGAAGCCGCGCACGAGGAAUGUAUUGCCGAUAAACAAGAGGAAAUGGAAGCGAGAGGGGUUGAAGUGGAGAAGGAAAGUGUAGAGGUUAUGACAGAUUUAACCGUGUCAGAUCUUCAGUACUUGGAAGAAGUUGAAGUAGCUCACGAGGAAUGCAUCGCUGAUAAACAAGAGGAGUUAGAAACCAGCGCAAGAAGUGUUGACAAGCAGAAUGCUGAAAUGAUGACAGAUUUAACUGUUUUAGAUCUUCAGCACUUAGAGGAAGAGUUACAAGCUGGAGGUAAUGGAGUAGAUAUAGAAAUUAUGACAGAUUUAACGGUGUCGGACCUAAAAUACCUGGAAGACGUUGAAGCAGCUCACGAGGAAUGCAUUGCUGAUAAAGAAGAGGAGCUGAAGGCGAGAGGGUUUGGAGUGGAGAGGGAAAGUGUAGAAGUUAUGACUGAUUUAACCGUGUCAGAUCUUCAGUACUUGCAAGACGUGGAAGCCGCUCACGAGGAAUGUAUUGCUGAUAAAAAAGAGGAGUUAGAAACCAGCGCAAGAAGUGUUGACAAGCAAAAUGCUGAAAUGAUGACAGAUUUAACUGCUUCAGAUCUUCAGAACUUGGAAGACAAACAAGAAGAAUUAGAAACAUUAUGUGUAGAAAAACAAAAUGCCGUAGUUAUGACUGAUUUAACUGUGACAGAUCUACAAUACUUGGAAGAUGUUGAGUCUGCUCAUGAAGAGUGCCUUGCUGAUAAACAAGAAGAGCUAGAUGCGCGAAAUGUGGAGAAACAAAGUGUAGAAAUUAUGACGGAUAUGACUAGUACUGUAUCAGAUCUAACCUACUUGGAAGAUGUUGAAGCUGCACACGAGGAAUGUCUUGUUGACAAACAAGAUGAGCUAGAUACCAACACCGUAGAGAAACAAAAUGCGGAAAUAAUGACAGAUUUAACUGUGUCAGAUCUUCAAUACCUUGAGGAUGUGGAAGCUGCACACGAGGAAUGCUUGCAAGACAGAGAAGAACAAUCAGAAAGUAAAGCAGGCCUGGAGGACAAAUUGAGUGUAGGAACAAUGACGGACAUGAACGCUUAUGACCUGAAGAGUUUGGAAUCAGCUGCCACUGAACACGAAAGAAGCAAAACACCAAAGUGGAGACGAUGGUCAAGGUCUUCUUCGAUAAGUGAUCAUAGUGACAACACACACAGUAGGAACACUAUGACUGAAAUGACAGGUAACAUCCUCGAGUAUUAUGAAGAUAUUGAAGUACUCUACAAGGAAACGAUGGUGGAAUUUGACGAGUACAGAAGAGCACAUUCUGCGGAGAAGGAGGAGAAAGAUGUAAUGACAGAUGUGACCAUCGAAGAUUUGACAUGUCUAAAGGAAGCAGCGAGUUCCUGUCUGGAAAAGGAAAUAGAAGAUAAGGAAAUCAUGACUGAACUAGCGCACGACGAUGUGGAGUACUUGAUGGAAUUGGAAAGCUUGUACAAAGAUAACGAGUUUGCUCAAGAAUCAAAGGACAUGACUGAAAAGUGUGAUGUGGAGACAAUGACAGAACUGACAGUGUCAUAUAUAGAGUAUGUCGAGGGAGAGUUUGAAAGAUUGAAGCAUGAACAAUCACAGGAAUCAGACUCAUCUUGGGUUUUUAUUGAACCUGACAAGGAAGACAAGGACGUUAUGACUGAACUCACCGAAUCUGAACCGCAGCACUUGGAAGAGGUUGAAUUUCUCUACAAGAACAGCGUGGCUGGAGCUGAAGAAGCAGUCAGCAAAGAGAAUGCAGAGGCUAUGACGGAUCUGACAACUGCUGACUUGGAGUACUUCGAAGAAGCUGAAAAUCUCUUGAAGAAGAUCAGUGGAGACGGAGGUGAUCUAUCAGGAAUGCUAGCACCUAAGGAUGACAAGGGGGUGAUAACAGACUUGACAAGCUCUGAUAUUGACUACCUUCAGGUGCUGGGAGAUGUCUAUGGCGAUGGCAGUAGAGAACCUCCAAGUGACGGUGAUGUUGAGAAAGAUGACAAGGGUACAGAAACAGAGCUAACACUUUCAGAUAUUAGAGAUCUUGAAGACCAACUGGAAAGUACCGCAGAAAUGAGAGCUACUCCUUUGUUUAAGGAAUUUGGUCACGAAGAUUUCCAAGCCGAAACGUUGGUUGAUUUACGAUCAGAACUGGACUAUCUUCCAGUCUUGGAUGAGCCUGAGUUCAUCUUGGACGAGGAAGAAGACGACGGAGGAGAGGACGUCCAAAGACAAGACGUUGGAGUCAUGACGGAGUUAACAUUGCCCGACUUGGAAUACCUUGAAGAAAGGGAAACGCAUCCGAGUGAUAGCAUCAUGGAGACUACUUCAGAGCAAGUUGAGACUGGUGUUCAGUGUGAGCUAGAAGGUCUCGGCUCACUGUUGCAAGAACUAAGCAGGGAGGCUGAAGAAAAAGGCGAAGAUGUCCCAGCGUGGUUUGUGAGCGCCUUAAAAAUGACACAACCAAAUGGAGGUUUUAAUCCUAUUCAUCUUGUUGUGAGACAAACUGAUGAAGUGGACGCCACACCGACAGAUGAACAUUCAGACAUAGAGUCAUCCCCUGUACAUAUUCUCAAUGAGACACAACUUGCUAACGCUCCUGGUGAUCUCAUACAUCUCCCUGAAGAUUUCCUUGAGAGCCCUGGUGCCUUGUCUUAUGGAGAGACAGAUGCAGAGUCGUUGCCUUCCGACGAACCUUAUGCUCUCUCCAAAGACAUUGGGGUUCAGUGCGAUCUUGUGGACGUCCUCGCCAUGUUGGCAGAGUAUCAGAGGAAUGCUGACGGUGAAGACAUAUCAUGGUUUGUGUCAGCCAUGAAGAUGGCUCGAGAAGACACAGGCUUUGAUCCAGUUCGAGUGCAUUUGACGAAUCGCAUUAACUCCGGUCCUGGGCAAGAUGACGUGGUUGACCAACAUAGUAACAGUCUCAUGGUGGAAUUAUCACGGCCAGCACCUGGAGACCGCACUUUCACUGUCCAUUCCCCACCAGACGGCCAGGUAACAGAAGAAGAGCAGUCUGAGUUCCCUGAAGCUGAUACUCCACUGUUCACCUCUCAAGAUGAAAGUGACAGUGUGUUCAACAGAACAGAUGAAUCAGUCAACCUUCCUAACGACAGUGAGGAAAGGGACGUUUUAACAGACAUGCCACGUGAUAGCAGUGCUGUAAACCGGUUUGACCGGUUCUUAAAGGAGAGAAAGGAUUCUGAGCUGCUGAAUCUGAUGGCCUUGAGAAGAGAAAUGGAUGAUGGCGGUAUUGAAGGAGCAGAAUAUAUCAAGAGUUGGAAAGAGCUUGAAGAAGAAAAUGAACUGCUCAGGAAGCAAGUGCAAACUCUGGAAAGUGCGAAAGGUGUGGAAGACUUCGAAGAAGAAAACCAGUUUCUCAAGGAGAAACUCAAGGAACUGGAGGGAUCAGCUAAUACGGAAGAGCUCGAAAAGGAGAAUGCUUUACUAAAGGAGAAAGUCGAGUCCGUGAAAGAUUUGGAAGAAGAGAACCAGUUGCUUAAAGAGGAAAUCGAUAUUUUGAGACAAUCAACGCCCGUGGAAGAUAUAGAGGAGGAAAACAUGCUGCUGAAAGACAAAUUCAAAAUGCUUGAAGAAUUGGCGACCUCUGAGCAGGAUAUUAAAAAAAUAGAAGAAGAGAACGAUGAGCUGAGAGAAAAAGUUAAGAAUCUUGAAGAACUGGCGAUCUCUGAGCAGGAUAUUAAGAAAAUAGAAGAAGAGAACGAUGAGCUAAGGGAAAAAGUUAAAAAUCUUGAAGAAGUGGCGACCUCUGAGCAGGACAUUAAGAAAAUCAGAGAAGAAGAGAACGAUGAGCUAAGAGAAAAAGUUAAAACUCUUGAAGAAAUGGCGGAGGUUUCUGAGCUGGAUAUGAAGAAAACCGAACAGGAGAAUGAAGAGCUUAGAGAGAAACUAAAGACGCUGGAGGAGUCUUCGAAUGCUGAAGAGCUGGAAAAGGAGAAUGAUUAUCUAAAACAACAAGUGGCGAUGCUGGCAGCUGAACAUGAGCGAGUGAAAGAACUAGAGGAAGAGAACGAUACUCUACGAGAAAAAAUCCAGGCUUUAGAGGCGUCCGCAAAUGUGGUUAUCGAUGAAAACGUACAAUUGAAAAAGCAAAUUGAAGUUUUGGAGGAAAACGAGAGAGUAAAGGAACUUGAAGACGAAAACGAACUGCUGAAAGAGAAAGUGCAGGUCCUGGAAGAAUCUUCGAGGAAUGUAGAAGACCUUGUCAGUGAAAACGCGUUGCUCAAGGAACAAAUCGAGAUUAUGGAAGAAACCGCAAAGGUUAAAGAACUGGAAGAUGAAAACGAAUUACUCAAGGAAAAAGUUCAGAUCCUGGAGGAAUCGACGAAUGUGGAAGACCUGGUCAAUGAAAAUGCAUUGCUGAAAGAGCAAAUCGAAAUUAUGGAAGAAACUGGGAGAGUGAAGGAGCUGGAAGAUGAAAAUGGAAUGCUGAAGGAAAAAGUGAACAUUCUGCAAGAAUCUUCGGCGGAAGAACAACUUGAACACGAGCAACUCAUAGAGAAGAUCCAAGAUCUGGAAGGAUCCACAGCACGGGUUGUUGAAAAACUCGAAGAAGAAAAUUCCAUGUUGAAAGAAAACAUCCAAUUGCUGGAAGAGUCAACAACUAAUAUGAAAGAACUGGAAAACGAGAAUGCAUUGUUGAGAGAGAAGAUUGAAAAUUUAUUCAGCUCAAGUAACAUUCAGAAACUGAAAGAAGAAAAUGCUACACUUAAAGAAAAAAUCCGAAGUUUGGAGGAAUCAGCACAGAGUAAAGAUUCAUCAUCUAAGGAGGAUUUCGAGCUACUUCAGCAGAAGAUAGAACAAUUAAAACAGGCAGAGAAGAAAAUUGGUGCGCUGAAUGAGUCCAAUGCGGCUUUGAAAGAAAGAAUAGAUCUCCUUCAGAAGGAAAAGGAAAACUCGAGAGACAAUUCAUCAGAGAUGGAUACCACUGAACAACUUGGAAAGGUUCGGUUGCUGUUAGUGCAGGACUUUGGUCUAACAGCAUCAGAAGUCGAAAGUGUGCUGGGGUCAUGUGACCUUGAGAGUCUUGUGUCGUCAUCAGGCAUGGCUACGCCUCGAGCUGAGUUGAGCAAUCUGGGUCAUUAUUUUGAACAGGCUGACAGGGGAGUACACGCAGAGGCUGGUGAUGUCCCCCCGUCUAUGGCCGAUCCGAUACGCCGUCUGCCAAACAUUUCUGGCGGAGUCAGUCAGGAGAUUCAAACCAAUUUGGAUUCUGUCACAGCUUUGGAGCUGAUUGGGGACGGAUCUAUACCAGAGCACAUUGCCAAAGAACUCGAAAAGCUUAAGCAAGAAAACAAGGAACUUUACGAAGAACUCAUGGAGUUAAGAAGACAAAUUCAGGGAAGAGAGAUCGCUCAGCGGUUAAACGAGGCAACUCAGACCGAGCAUGCUCAGUUCCCUCAAGACCUAACAUCUUUCUCUCGUGACGUCAUCAGCCCAGUCUCAUGCUCCGUCGAGGAGACCAUUACACCUCAAGUCCGUUCAACAGUUGCUACGGAAAUCCGUUACCUUGGAGACAGGCGUUUGGAGUUGGAGCUAUCACCUCGAGUUCCUCAUAUUCCGGUUAGAAGUUCGGAUUUCGAGGGGAAGGAUGAUCUCAUGGACUAUGCAGGGAUAGUUAGUGAUUCUGGAGUUAAAAACAGGAUGCCUUCUCAUCACGAUAAUACUCGUGAUUCAGAUGAGCUAAUUUCUGAACCAGAACUCAUGUCCUCGCGACGGAAUUUAGACUCGUACAUGGAUGAUAUCGACCAACGUAUUCAAGAUCUUCGCCAUCAUGAUCACGCAGACAGACCUCGAACGGACACGAGUGAUCUUGUAGUUUUUGAUUCGGAUGACGACGAUGGAGAUCUUCCUCCCCUCCCUGAAUCUUCACCACCACCCCUCCCAUCUGAGCCACCACCAGAUUUCCCAGACUCCUCGCCAGCCCUCCUAGACCAAAGUCUCGAAGUUUUGUUAAGGGGUGAGUCUUCACCACCCAGAGAUGCUGCCACCCUACGGGCGUCAUCUCGCCAGCGCUUUCGCUCGGACAGCAAACCCUCUUCUGGACCGUCGCUGCCUACCUCUCGUGUAGAAUCGCCUAUCACGGUGGAGGAACCCACGUUGGUGAUGGAAUCGGAGCCGAGCGAGCUAGGUGGAAUCUAUCCGAAUGAGGAGCCCACACCUUCGUCCGUCAUAAGCCCCACUGGUUUUGGAUCCACUAAGCCUGCUGAUUCAACAGCCAAGGUUCCUCCUCAAGUGCCUCCCAAACCCAAAAAGAUACUAUUGCAGAAACGUCAGCCAGGACCACUGAGCCAACCAAUGGUCUCGUAUGUGGAUUCAAACGUGUCAGCCCCGAUGACGUCACAGUGGUCACGUGAUGAAGAGGACGGAGUCAUUCCGCCGCGAGGGAUUGUUCUCAACCGGGCCACGUCGAUUAACCGCGGAGAAAUAGAUGCACUGAACGAAAAGAUUGGUUUCCUUGAAAGGCAACUGAAGAGUAAAGAAAAUCUCAUUCGCACUAUGAAGACUGACGCAACUGAGCUUGAGACGCAAUCUUUGCUUGAACGAAAAGAUCGUGAAAUGAAAAUUCUGGACGAAGAUGUAGCGUUCUUAAAACAAGAGAAUCAAAAGAAAGAAAGAGAGUUGCUAACGAAGAUUGGGGAAAUGAAUAAAAAGAAUCACGAGGUAUGUGAUGUUUCUUGACGUAGUAAGUGAUUGUUUGAUUUUGCUUUGAGUCUCGUUACAGUGUUUCCUCAAAGAACACUAUGAAAUCCUGACUAAACUUAUUACUUGCCUUGUCUGUCCUUAGAGAAUAGGCCACGUUCGAUGUAUCAAUAUUCUAACAUGGCUCCGAAGCUUUCAGGACAAACUUCUAU